CCGUCUGCCACACAGGAUGGCGUGGGGCUGGGCCCAGGUCACGGAAGAGAGAGCCCGGCAGGCGGAGCGUGCUGUCAGCCCACGAUCCAUUUAGCAAGUCCGAGGUGUAGCACAGACCGCGCUCUGGGGCUGUGGGCUGGCGCCGGAGCCCCAGACAGGGCUGAGGCAUGCGGGGGGAAAGGAGCUGCCUCAGAAAGAGGUCAGGAGUAGGAGGCUGGGUUGGGGACCAGUCUAUUUUGGACAGCCCUUCUGGAGGCGCUAACCUCGGGGCCUGGGAAGGAGUGGAGUGGAAAAUUUUCUGGCACACCUCCCCUAGCCGCGGGAACCUCACCCACCCGUCACCCCCUCUUCUCUGCACCUCUGCGCAGCUCACUUAAUGCAUAGACUUCCCCGGCCAUCAGUUUGGUCAUUUUUAUAUGUAAUUUGCAUGAAGAAAUAGUUCGGGUCUCUUGCCCUCGAACUUUGAAAAUCACUUGACACUCGGGACUUGUGAUUUUUCCCAUUUCCUACUUGGGGGCGGGGUGGGUCCUCUGUCCUGGGUGUGCCCACAGCGGGCCCUGGGCAGACGCUGCUGGCCGGCCCCCCACCCCCCUACCCCGGGUAGGCUGGCCGGCUCCCUGGGGUGGCUGGCAGGGUACCUGCCCUGGUUUCUUGCUCAGGUUUUGUUUCCUGUGUGCCCACGGUGACGUAGAGGAGAAAGCUCAUACCGGCUCACACACACAGCCACUAACUCAGUUGCCACAAGCAAGUGACUGACGGUCGGAAGAAAGACCCUCCAUCUAUGUUAGACAGCCUUCUGCCCGGGUUUUUGUGCGCAUGUGGUAGUCAGUGGGUGAUCUUCAAUCAGGUACAAAGGCUUUGUUCUCCCCAAAAUAAUUCAGACCUUCCACUCCUGAAGGAGGGCAGGGGCAAACAGAAGGGGGCUGGGAAGAGACAAAACAAGUGUGUGUCUCUGUACGCACAUAUUGACAGGGUACAACCACACCCUAUUUCAAGACAACUUCCUGUUUGCCACUGCCAACUGCCACUCCAAGGAGAACAGAAGUGGUUCCGUUAUUAGUGGUUGCUGCAGGACCCCGGCAGCCUGUGGGAGAGAAGACACGGGUCAAUGUGUAGGCCUUCUCCCUCUCCGGCAUCUCCACCCUCCAAUUCCAGGACAUCGUUAGUACAGGUGAAAACUAAAGCCUGUCUCAGCGGCCAGAACUCUGCCAGCAGCACCUCAAAGCCAUUCAAAACGCCCAAAGACAAUCUCCUUACCUCCAGCAGCAAACAGCACACGGUCUUUUCUGCAAAAGGAUCAAGGGACAAACCAUGCGUUCCGGUUCCUGUAGUCAGUUUAGAGAAAAUCCCUAACCUAGUGAAGGCAGAUGGUGCCAAUGUCAAAAUGAACUCUACAACCACUACCGCGGUCACCUCCUGCUCCAUGUCAUCCUCUGCUGUCUCCACCCCACCUUUAAUUAAGCCAGUCUUGAUGUCCAAGUCAGUGCCACCUUCCCCAGAGAAGAUCUUAAAUGGCAAAGGAAUUCUGUCUGCCACAAUAGACAAGAAGCACCAAAAUGGCACCAAAAACAACAACAAGCCUUACAGGAGACUUUCAGAGAGAGAAUUUGACCCAAAUAAACACUGUGGAGUGUUGGAUCCCGAGACAAAGAAACCUUGCACAAGAUCCCUCACCUGCAAGACACAUUCGCUAAGCCAUCGGAGGGCAGUCCCGGGCCGGAAAAAGCAAUUUGACCUCCUUCUGGCGGAACACAAAGCCAAGUCCCGGGAAAAAGAAGUUAAAGAUAAAGAGCAUCUCCUGACUUCAGCGAGGGAAGUGUUUCCAAACCAACCCGGGCCGGCACAGGACACUCUGCCAGGACCUUCAGGGAGCUCUGGGCCAGAACCGAAAGUCGCCUCCCCUGCAAAAUCCAGGCCACCUAACUCUGUGCUUCCUAGACCAUCUUCUGCAAAUAGCAUCAGCAGCAGCACGUCUUCAAACCACAGCGGCUACGGCCCGGAGCCCCCCCUGCCCCCCCCCGGAGGGGACCUCACCAGCCGGCUGUCGAGUGAUGAAGGGGAGAUGGAUGGAGCUGACGAACCCGAGAAGUUAGACUGUCAUUUCUCUACCCACCACCCCAGACCUCUUGCGUUUUGCUCAUUCGGGAGUCGCCUCAUGGGACGAGGGUACUAUGUGUUUGAUAGAAGAUGGGAUCGUUUUCGAUUCGCACUAAACUCCAUGGUAGAAAAACACUUGAAUUCACAGAUGUGGAAGCACAGAAACCCGAGCCCCAGGGCGUCAGGUCCCUCCCCCCUUUUCAGGACUUGCCUAACCAAUCUGCUGUCACUGAGCAACAUUGGGGCUGCCUGGGUGUCAACUCUGGAGAGCGUAGCACCCCGCUGCCCUCUCAGCCUCGCUGCCCCAACCCCAGGCCCCGACGGGCCCGAACCUGGAGGCAUGGCAGCCGAUGGGGGCGUGGAAGACAUUAGGAAGAAAAGGAACGGCCAAGACUCUUUUUUCUUUAACAAGCAUUUAACUCUGCAUCAGGAGACGCCAACACAGUAUUCUCUUUCAGCCAGGAAGAUCCCUCCUGCGGCAGAUAGCCCCAUGCCCUCGCCAGCAGCCCACAUCACCACCCCCGUUCCAGCAUCCGUUUCCCAGCCUUUCAACAACCCCAGUGCCGUGUAUCUUCCUUCAGCUCCCAUCAGCUCGAGACUCACCUCUUCCUACAUAAUGACAUCAGCCAUGCUCUCAAACGCACCUUUUGUGGCGUCGCCGGACCCGAGUGCCCUCAUGUCACACACCACAGCUUUCCCCCAUGUGGCUGCAACCCUCAGCAUCAUGGACUCAACCUUCAAGGCCCCACCCGCCGUGUCCCCGAUACCAGCCGUCAUACCUUCCCCAUCCCACAAGCCAUCCAAAACCAAAACCAGCAAAUCCUCAAAAGUCAAAGACCUGUCCGCCCGUAGCAACGAGUCUCCAAGUAACAAAAAGAGGAAGCCGCAGCCUUCGACUUCCUCCUCCUCCUCCUCAUUAACCCUGCCGACAUCCCUCUCGUCUCCAUUGUCAGGGCCCCACAGAAAGAACUGUGUCUUGAAUGCCAGUUCAGCCUUGAACUCCUAUCAGGCGGCCCCUCCCUAUAACAGUCUGUCUGUGCACAACUCAAACAAUGGGGUGAGCCCACUCAGUGCCAAACUGGAGCCCUCAGGACGGACCUCGCUGCCCGGCGGCCCCGCGGACAUAGUGAGACACGUGGGCUCGGUGGGCGGCAGCAGUGACUCCUGUCCCCUCUCUGUGCCCUCCCUUGCAGGGGACCUCUCUCUGGCCUCACACAAUGCCGUGUCUUCGCUGCCCCUCUCUUUUGACAAAUCAGAAGGAAAAAAGCGUAAGAACUCGAGUUCUAGUAGCAAAGCCUGUAAAAUCACUAAAAUGCCUGGUAUGAAUAGCGUUCACAAAAAGAACCCUCCCAGCCUUCUCGCACCGGUGCCCGAUGCCGUUAACAGCACCUCCUCUCGGCAGGUCGGGAAAAAUAGCAGCCUAGCUUUGUCACAAUCCAGUCCUUCAAGCAUAUCCAGCCCAGGACACAGCCGACCGAAGACCACAAACCGAACGGGCAGGAUAAGGACUCUUCCAUAACAAGACUGUGAAGCCACUUGGAAACCAAUGCCUGGCCACCUGGCCAAUGUGGGAGGAGGAGGGAGGGGAGCGCGCAGCCGGGGAGAGUCUGUUUCCUGCACCGUGACUGUGGCUCGGGCCGUUCUUCUUCCUUUUUUAAUUGACCAGUUUUUAGUUUUGAAGAAAGAGCAAAAGGCAAAAGAACGUGAAUUUAAGAUUUACAGAAAACAA